AUGUAUCACACUUGCGCAGUGAAAUCAUGCGGUCAGCUGGUGUGCUUUGGAAGUAACACUUGCGGACAAUGCGAUGUGCCGACGGACUUGGGAGCGGUUGUGGCAGUCUCAGCAGGCAUGUAUCACACUUGUGCAGUGAAAUCAAGCGGUCAGUUGGUCUGCUUCGGAAGAAACACCGACGGACGAUGUGAUGUGCCGACGGAUUUGGGAGCAGUUGUGGCAGUCUCAGCAGGCAUUUCUCACACUUGCGCAGUGAAAUCAAGCGGUCAGUUGGUCUGCUUCGGAAGUAACACCGACAGACGAUGCGAUGUGCCGACGGAUUUGGGAGCGCUUGUGGCAGUCUGA